AUCCACUCCGUCAGAUCAAGGUCAACACCAGCGUCCUCCAGUUUGUGUUUCAGAAGCACCGGCUGGAUGGUGUUAAAAGCACUGGAAAAAUCAAAAAAUGAUCCUCACAGAGCUGCCGGACUUCAGGCUUCAGACUCCAGGAGCCUGUGUGUUACCUACGCGUGGCACAGCCUCGACAUCAUUCGGAUCCUGUGGCCUCACUUCCUGAACUGGACCAAUCGGGAUGGAGACAAAACGAAGGACGAAGGGGGAGGAGACUCUACGUACUACGUCAUUACGUUUCAGUAGCACCGUGCGCGCGGGAGAUUUGCUGAUCGAAAACAAGAGUUUGAGGAGGUCAGACCAUGGCCAUGAGAAGCGAGUCCAGAGUGGAGGCGGAGGUGGAGGACGAGGAGAACUACGGCCCUCAGCCCCUGUGUAGGCUUGAGCAAUGUGGAGUCAGUGCCAGCGACAUUAAGAAGCUGGAGGAUGCAGGUUUCCACACUAUAGAGGCAGUGGCCUACGCACCCAAGAAGGAGCUACUCAACAUCAAGGGCAUCAGUGAGGCCAAGGCCGACAAGAUUCUAACUGAAGCUGCCAAAUUGGUACCUAUGGGCUUCACCACUGCGACUGAGUUCCAUCAGAGGAGAGCGGAGAUUAUCCAGAUCUCUACAGGUUCUAAAGAACUCGACAAACUGCUGCAAGGGGGCAUUGAGACAGGCUCCAUCACAGAGAUGUUUGGAGAGUUCAGGACGGGAAAGACACAGCUGUGCCACACGCUUGCAGUCACCUGCCAGCUGCCUAUUGAUCAGGGAGGGGGAGAAGGUAAAGCCAUGUACAUCGACACAGAAGGAACCUUCAGGCCCGAAAGGCUUCUUGCUGUCGCUGAGAGGUAUGGCCUGGUCGGCAGCGAUGUUCUGGACAAUGUGGCCUAUGCACGAGCCUUCAACACAGACCACCAGACCCAGUUGCUGUAUCAAGCCUCAGCAAUGAUGGCUGAGUCCAGGUACGCUCUGUUGAUCGUGGACAGCGCCACAGCUCUGUACAGGACAGACUACUCAGGCAGAGGAGAGCUGUCGGCCAGGCAGGGACACCUCGGGCGUUUCCUGCGUAUGCUGCUCAGACUAGCAGACGAGUUUGGUGUUGCAGUGGUGAUAACGAACCAGGUGGUAGCACAGGUGGAUGGAGCUGCGAUGUUCUCUGCAGAUCCCAAGAAACCCAUUGGGGGCAACAUUAUGGCUCAUGCCUCCACCACACGCUUGUACCUGAGGAAAGGCAGAGGAGAGACCAGGAUCUGUAAAAUCUACGAUUCGCCCUGCCUGCCUGAGGCUGAAGCCAUGUUCGCCAUAAACGCUGAUGGAGUGGGUGACGCUAAGGACUAAAGGCAGGGCAGGCUGGAGGGGUCAGGGUGGUGGUCCAUCUGCAUGUGCCCACUGGACAGUCCAACAAGUGACCUUCACAUGGUGCUUUAGACUCAAAUCCACGCUGCUCAUGGAGUAAGAUGAACUGUUCACUUCAGUGCUGCACCUCAAGUGACAGUGGAGAUGUUUCCUGCUGUAAGGAGACUAUGAGCAACGCUCAUGUGAAAUGUUACCGUUGAGAUUCAUUUUCCUCCGUGGUAUUUACAGAACCAACACAAUGAUUCACAGCGUUACACCAGUGAGUUCUUUUCUGUUAAACGUCUUUUGUUUUUGUCUUUGGAUGCAGUUCAGUCCUUUUUCCAGUUUGUCUUUACCAGAUUUUUCUGUAUAUAAAAGCUAAAUUAAACUUCAUUUCACCUCA